AUGAGCCCAUCGCAUCACACACAGAGACGAUCACCAUGGUGUCAAAAGAUUCGAAGGGAAAGGCAAAGAGAGACCCGAUCGAGCAAAGGAAGACGACAUUUAUUUGUGAGUUGGUUUCUACUUUCCACAAGGUUCUGGACGAAACUCAGAACAUCAUCAAUCAUCUAUCUUGUGUCCAUACACGUGAAUCAAACAUCAACUCCAAAGAGGCUCGAGGUCAUCUCACCUUCGCAGCGUUCACCUUUGAUGGACGGGGUCAACAAGUUGCUUGUGUGCCAUGGGAGAAGCUGCUGGAGUUUACUCUUCAGCGUUUUGCUGCUGGUAUCGUCUGGCCUUCGUCAGCCUUGGCGAUACUGGGCAAAUAAGCCAGCAGCACUCUAUGACAUGAAACUUGUCGAAGCUUGA